UCUUGACUUACCAAUUAUGAUUUGUUUGGGAGUGAAACAAACCAAGAUAUCUGGUUUGAAUGCACCAUAAUAAUUUGGAACCAGCAGGGAGGAAAGAAACUGGCAUUAUUUCACUCAUACACAGCUAUCCAUAAUAUGUGGUUGGCCUCUUGGCUGCUUGUGCCAUCAGGUCCCAGUCUAUCUGUCACACAUCAAGUGCUCUCACCUGGAUGUUUUUAUGAAUGCCCUUCCACCUAUGAAACUUCGAAGAGUUUCAGCUAGGAGUCUUUUCCAGCCAUACCUGGAGUUGCUGAGGAUUGAACCUUGGGCCUCAACUCAGCCAUUGAGCUAUAGUUCUGAUAUAUAAUGGACUCCAUGGACAAAUAAUCAAAGUUGAUGUAAAGUUGAUUCUCUUAAAGCAAAUACAGGUAUUUCGAGUUGGGAUUUCAAAUCAGGAUGUGAAUUCUUGAAAUACAGUGGUACCUCGGUUUAAGAACAGUCCUGUUUACGAACAAUUCGGUUUACAAACUCCGCAAAACUGGAAGUAGUGUCCUGGUUUGCGAACUUUACCUCGGUCUAAGAACGGAAGCUGGUGGAAGGGCACCGGUGGCGGGAGGCCUCAUUAGGGAAAGCACGCCUUGGUUUAAGAAUGGUUUCAGUUUAAGAACGGACUUCCGUAACAGAUUAAGUUUGUAAACCGAGGUACCACUGUAGAUUGAGAUGUGUUUUGCCUUGUCUUUUCCAAUAGUGGGGUUUUUAUAGUUACUGUUUUGCUUAAUUGCUUUUUAAAACUUGGUUCAUAAUUCUCAAAUGCAAACAUACACAUGAUGAACAAUCAACUCCUGCCAGGUUUUUUGAAACAUUAAAAGAAAGAAAACAUGAAGUCCAAAGUGUGGGACCUAUGCAGCCGCUAAUCUCUUUAGUAAUAAGGCCAUGAACCGUAAGGAUCUUCUUAAAAAUGCGCUUGCAGCUCUGUGCUGUUCUUUGUUGAGCUAACAAGCAUUCCCCUUUCAUAGUUUGGGAAUGUAAACCCCUUUGGUCUUGAGUGGAAAUCCUUUUGGGAGCUUUUCAGCAGGGAAGAACUUUUAUACUUUUAUAGUCAGUUUUGCAGGACAAGGAUCUGCCUACAAAAGCUGGGGAUGUGUGUGUGUUUCGAAUGGCCAUUUGCAGGAUAACCCUGGAGGGUGUUUUCCCCAUUUUCUUUCCCCUGCAAUGUUUUUGAAUGAUUCUGCUAACUUUUCGGAAAGUGAAAAUGAACCUCAUUCGGCCUUUUCACAGACUGAACACAACAUCGUUGCAGCUUAUUUGAUCACAGCAGGAGUCGUAAGUCUUCUGAGUAACAUAGUGGUCCUAGGCAUCUUUGUUAAGUAUAAGGAACUUCGAACAGCAACCAAUGCCAUUAUUAUUAACCUGGCUUUCACUGACAUUGGAGUGAGUGGGAUUGGCUACCCCAUGUCCGCAGCUUCAGAUCUGCAUGGAAGCUGGAAAUUCGGCUAUGCCGGUUGUCAGAUCUAUGCUGCUUUAAAUAUCUUUUUUGGAAUGGCAAGUAUUGGUUUGCUUACAGUUGUUGCAAUUGACCGUUACCUGACAAUCUGCAAGCCACAUAUAGGUGGUAGACUUACUGCUAACAACUACACAGUUCUGAUUCUUGCUGCCUGGAUCAAUGCAGUCUUUUGGGCCUCGAUGCCGAUUGUGGGCUGGGCAAGCUAUGCCCCGGAUCCAACUGGAGCUACCUGUACAGUGAACUGGAGGAAAAACGAUGCAUCCUUUGUUUCUUUCACGAUGUCUGUGAUUGCCGUUAACUUUGUCAUCCCACUGUCGGUCAUGUUUUACUGUUACUUCAAUGUUUCGCGAACUAUGAAGCGGUACGCCAGAAGCAGUUGCCUUGAGAGCAUCAACAUAGAUUGGUCUGAUCAAGUAGAUGUAACAAAGAUGUCUGUUGUCAUGAUUUUAAUGUUCCUGGUGGCUUGGUCACCAUAUUCUAUCGUGUGUUUAUGGUCUUCGUUUGGGGAUCCUAGGAAAAUUUCUCCUGCCAUGGCAAUUAUAGCACCAUUAUUUGCCAAGUCCUCCACAUUCUAUAAUCCCUGUAUUUAUGUCAUUGCAAACAAAAAGUUUCGAAGGGCCAUCUUUGCAAUGGUCAGAUGUCAAACACGGCAGGAGAUCACAAUCAACCAUGUCUUCUUGCCAAUGAGUGCGUCUCAAAGCACAAUUACCUAA